GUAAAGUUUAGAUACCCAAAUGUCGCCUUAAGUAAGGGUUUGAUUAUGGCUCUGUCUUUCCUUUUGGUCUUGGCUGCUAUGGUGAUCCUCAUCAGACCAGAAACACCUGUAACAAAGGCCCUACAUCAAAACUCAUUGGAGUGCUGUGGAGAGAAACAGAGAGGGAACAAUUCAUGUUCAAAUGACACUCACUGUGAACCAGGAUGCUUCUUGCGUGUCCUCGAGAACAGCAACACUGUUUGUAUAUUCUGUGACUCGGCGGCUGUGGAUUUGGAAAACAUCACUGUCUGCACCUACAACUACACAGUGGAGAGAAAGAAUCACACAACUGUAACUACUGUCAUUCCUAAAAUUGGAGGGCCGGGUGUGGCUGCCUCUCUUCUACUGGGAACACUGUUGAUCAGCCUGUUCCUAAUCCUCUCUGUCGCCUCCUUUUUCUACCUCAAACGCUCCAACCGACUCCCUGGCAUCUUUUACCGCCGCAAUAAGGCCUUCAUAUUCCAGCCAAGUGAAACAGCUGUCAUGAUCCCAUCCUCAUCAGUGAGGAAGCCAAGAUACGUCAGGAGGGAGCGGCCCUCUGCAACUUCUACUCUGAACACUGCCACUGUGCCCACCACUUCCACUACUGAAGACUACAAUGUGUAGGAGGAGGCGGGCGGGGAUAGCUGGUGCAGGUAGGAUAGGACGCUCAGGAACGGUGUCAGACUUUCUGAUCAUGUGAAGGAUCCACAGAAAGACCAGCUGACUUGGUGCACAGGUGGCCAAAUUUAACUGUAGCUGCUUCACAUCACUCAGGCUGCUAGUUUUUCUUUAUUUAAUAUGAUCAUAAAGAAGGUUAUAGUAACCUGAUACUUAACUGUCAAUCCUUUUGACUCUGUUUUUCUAUUUGAAACUCACAGGAAAACCAGUUUCAGUAGUUCUCUGUUCAUUUGAAACGUCACAGGCUGGUUUGUCCUCUCACUUUAUGCUCCUUUAUGUUUAAGUCUCAACACUGUAAAUUAAUCGUUUUUAACAGUUGUUUUUUUAACAGUUGUUUAAUGGUUUGUGUUCAAAAACUUGGUGGUUAAAUUUUUAAAUAUAUCUUGUUUUGUAAAAAGAAAGGUUUGACACUUCGGGAAAUGCUCGUACUCCCUCUGUUGGAAAAUGCCCUUUAACUAACCAAUUAGCAUUUACACUCUCUCAGUACUUACAGGUACAUCAAACCAAGUAGAAGAACUACAACUCUCUUUCUGGGUUCUUCAAUUAACAACUAGGUCUCUGAACAGAUGAAAUAAAGAAACCAUGUUUGCUGUUUCUCCUCUGUAAACAAGCCUCUUCAAGAAAACACAUGAAAGAGCAUUUUCCGGAACAUCAAACUCUUCUUUUGAAGUACAGUUCUUUCUUCACAGUGAUCAAGUUGAGUUUUUUUUUUGACUAAGUGCCAGCCCAGUGACAUUUUAUGGAAGCUUUAUUGAAGGGUUUUAUUUUUUCUAAAGUUUGCUUAUUAGAAUGUGUUUUAUACGUGUGAUAUUUAUUUGCACUUUGUAACUGCGCACUGACUUUCACUGAUAACAAAGUGACUUACAGUAGUAAGGUCCUUUUUGGUGGAACGGGACAUUUUAAAGUGAGGUGCUGUAUGAAUGAUGCUUUGAUUUCUUUAUCUGUUUCUUUUCAUAUUUAUUAUUAUUUUUGUGCGCUUAACCAUUGAGAAUGUAUUGUUGGUGUACCACAAAUCGUGAAAUGCAUACGAAAGGAAUCUUUUACCGCAUUUAACAACGGACUUGCUCAACCACAACACACAGUUGUUUUUCACAUGAAAUGCUUCUAAAAUACAGAUUAAAUUCCAGUUUAUAUUUCUCUCAUGAAAACAUGAACACUUCUGAAUCCUCUUGCACUUUAUUACGCAGUCACCAAUAUUAGACCCUUUUUUAAAAAGUACUACUUAAAAUAUCUUGUUGCCAAUGGCUGUGAUCGAGAUUUUUUCUUUGUAUCAAUGGCAACAUUAUUGCUGCAUUAUUGAUAUUACUUGACUACUAUCUAAUUUUGCCAAAUGCUGUCUGAAGAAUGUGGCUUUACUGCACGCCACUACUGUGAUAACUGUGCCAUUAUAAGCUUUAAACACAGACCAGAAAUGUUUAUUGAUGACGAGGUGAAUAAUUGCUAUUUGACUUAAAUCCAGUGGCCUUUACUGCACACAAUUCCAAAAUAAGGUUAGUUGCCAAGUCUGAUUUGCCACACGUUUUUUUCCCCUUUGAGUUUCCAUCUCCAUUUUCUAUCUCCAGUGUAUGUGAAGCCAUGUGAAGUGAACCAGAUAAAAGGCAGCAGUCAUUCCAUGAAUAUUCCCUUUUUGCUUCUUGUGUUUGCUUUUGUACAGAAACCAUAAGCUGAAUACAUGUAUAUAUUGUUUUAUACAGAUGAUGUAUCGUUUUUGUAUUGAUGUACAUAUUGUAGUUUCAGUGCCAUGAAGACUAUUCUGAAGACAAGUGUAAUGUCGGCGAAAUAAAGCACCUUUCCAUGACUAUUUCCCUCUUUGCCGUUAUAGAGACAAGUGUAAUCUGAAAUAUUAUUUUAUUGUACGAUUUAAUUAAGUAAUUCUUGUAUGUUUCUUAUUUGAUUCCUGCUGCUAAUAAUAAACAAUGCCUCACUGUG